CCAACCAAGUAUUUUUUUUUGCCUAUGUUCAGAGCAGACGAUAUUUCACAAUCGUUUUUUCUUAACAUACCGUGAAGCCGUGAAGUAGUGAUUGAUAGUUAAGUUUUCACCAUUGCAUCACAUGUAUGUUUACAAUUAUCAAUUGUGCAGUGACCAGUGACUGUAUAAAAACAAACAAAACAAAAAACUAAAAAUUAUGAUAACCACAAGCAAACAUGGAUCGUUAACGCUACAGAUUGAAAACACGCUUUUUUGGGAACUUACUAUACUAUGAAGUUCUAUAAACUUUUCUUUAACAUUUCGUUCAUCGAAUUCUCUCGUCCGAUAGUAAGAACUUUUAUAUAGUGAUUGAUACAGUUCAGUCCCAGCUCCACUGAUUUGUGCACGUCAAGUGGUCGUUGUCUUCGAUUUGACUCGGCUUUCGAAAUUUGACGAUAUCAAAAAUGGUCGCAAGAAUAUUUGCGGCCCAUGGCCGUUUCUGCGCUAGUCAUUCCCUCGAGGUUAUCGUCGGUACAUUGACCUUGACUGCAUGUAUGCUGACCUUGGAAACCGGAAGUAACCAUCAGCGUGACAAGAGUCUUCACACGGCCGGUAAACAUUGCUGGAACGGUCGCUGCAGCGGAGAUGACCUGAAUGCAGCCGAUAUGAUCGUUAUGACGAUUAUUCGAUGUCUGGCUGUACUCUACAGUUACUAUCAGUUUUGCAAUCUACACAAAUUGGGCUCCAAGUAUAUUCUCGGUAUUGCUGGACUCUUCACCGUCUUCUCCAGUUUUAUAUUCACAUCAAGUGUGGUGAAUUUUCUCCAAAGCGACAUCUCAGAUUUGAAAGACGCUCUCUUUUUCUUUCUCCUCCUGAUCGACCUCUCCAAGGCUGGGGUGUUAGCGCAAUUAGCUCUGAGUUCAAGGAGCCAAGAGGAAGUCCGGGCAAAUAUUGCACGCGGUAUGACGUUGCUGGGUCCAUCCAUUACACUGGACACACUUGUCGAGACGCUUCUCAUCGGCAUCGGAACCCUGUCAGGAGUCAGAAGAUUAGAAAUAUUAUGCUGCUUUGCUUGCCUGAGCGUCAUUGUGAACUACGUCAUAUUUAUGACCUUUUAUCCGGCAUGUUUGUCGCUUAUUCUUGAGCUAUCCAGAGGAAGUAUCACCAUCGGUCAACUCAGCGCCGACAAAAUGCUGCUGAUGCAUUCUCUCCACGAAGAAGAUCAAAAGCCGAAUCCUGUUGUUCAACGUGUCAAGCUGAUCAUGAGCGCUGGUCUCAUAUUGGUUCAUGCCCACAGUCGUUGGCCAUUCAAACAUGAAGAUUGCGCGGAUGUAGCAGAAGGAACGAUAUCACAAGUAAAUUCCUACAUAGUCGUGAAUAAUCAUAACGAUACUGAAGUGCCAACGGAUCUUCACGAGUACUUUAUGAAGUGGCUGUCAGUCAGUGCAGAUCAUAUUGUUAUUUUGAUACUGCUUCUUACACUGGCUAUAAAGUUCAUAUUCUUUGAAGACAAGGGCGAGCUUACUGAACAGCUGAGACUAACCGAAGAAAGAGAAGAACAACAGAGAAUUAGUGAAGAAAAUAUGCAAACAGCUGCACUAGAUGUUUCUCUUCGGCAAAGAUUUGGUACAGCGCUACCUGUGAUGCAUACACCUGUGUUUCCAAUUUCCGGAAUGAAUGGAGAAUGGGUCGAAGUUGGUGACGAGACGCAAGUAAAGCUGUUCGACAAAGAAGUUCAGACAGAAAAAAGCAUUCCGUACUCGCAAAACUUUCCAGAAUCUAAUACAGAAAAUUCCCAAGAUACACCUGAAAUUACAAGGAGUGUCGAAGAAUGUCUGGCCAUUUAUAAAUCUGAGUUGGGUGCGAGCGCACUGACAGACUCGGAAGUGAUACAACUGGUGCAGCACAAAUACAUUCCAGCGUAUCAGCUUGAGAAAGCAGUUGGGGAUAUGGAAAGAGGAGUUAAUUUGCGUCGUACGAUCGUUGGAAGGGCUGGAAAAUUCCUAGAUCAUUUGUUGGAUUUGCCGUAUAAGAACUACGACUAUUCAAAAGUCUUAGGUUCUUGCUGUGAAAAUGUGAUUGGAUACAUACCGAUACCGGUUGGAAUAGCCGGACCUUUACUGGUCGAUGGUGAAUUAAUUCACGUCCCAAUGGCGACAACGGAGGGCUGUCUAAUCGCUUCUACAAAUCGUGGAAGCAGGGCUCUUCUGAAGUGCGGAGUGACCAGCCAAGUAGUCGCAGACGGCAUGACUAGAGGACCUGUAGUUCGAUUUCCAAAUAUAUCUCGAGCAAGUGAAGCGAUGAAAUGGAUGCAGGAUGAUCAAAACUUUGCAAUAAUGAAAAGUUCAUUUGAUUCGACAAGCAGAUACGCAAGAUUGACAAAAAUACACAUCCGCAUAGCGGGCAGACUGUUGUUUAUAAGAUUUGUAGCGAAAACUGGUGAUGCUAUGGGUAUGAAUAUGCUCUCGAAAGGUACGGAAAAGUCCCUACAAACGGUGCAGAAAAUUUUUACAGACAUGGAGAUUCUAUCUCUAAGCGGUAACUUUUGUACCGACAAGAAGCCAGCUGCUAUCAACUGGGUUGAAGGCAGAGGGAAGAGCGUUGUCUGCGAAGCAAUCGUUCCAGCGGAUGUCGUCACCACGGUACUGAAGACCUCAGUCCAUGCGCUCGUCGAUGUUAAUAUCUGCAAAAACUUAAUCGGCUCUGCUAUCGCAGGCAGCAUAGGCGGUUACAAUGCGCACGCGGCGAACGUUGUCACAGCUAUAUACAUUGCCACUGGACAGGACCCGGCCCAAAAUGUUGGAAGCAGUAAUUGCAUGACCAUCAUGGAGCCCUGGGGGCCCGACGGAAAUGAUUUAUACGUAUCUUGCACAAUGCCAAGCAUUGAAAUUGGCACCGUUGGAGGCGGCACUGGGUUACCUGCUCAGGGUGCUUGCCUGGGUGUACUUGGCGCCAAAGGCGCGCAUCCCGAAACUCCUGGUGAAAAUGCUAGCAAAGUUGCCAGAGUUGUUUGCGCCACUGUACUUGCCGGAGAGUUAUCCUUGAUGGCGGCUCUCACUGCAGGACAUCUAGUCAAAAGUCAUCUCAGACACAACAGAUCGUCUACGGCGAUGAGUAAUCCGGUGAAUUUAAACAGAACGAGUAUGGGUGGAAACUUGACAGUGCCAAAUCUUAUCCCGCCGAUAGAACCGCAAUGUACAGAACCAGCACGGCAGUCCUAGCAGAGACUUUAAUACUUGUGUGAUUGUAUUAAAGAAAA